AGCGUGGGGCGCUGGGGGGGUCGAGGCCCGCGCGGCGGUGCUCCGCGCGCGGGGGGGGGGCCCGGGCUUCGGGCGGCGACCCGUGCCCGCGGCGGCGGCGCCGAUGCCGAAGUUCGCGCAGUUCGUGAUGGGCCCCGCGGGCUGCGGCAAGUCGGCAUACUGCGCCGUGAUGCAGGAGCACUUCCGCGCCGCCCUUCGCCGGUCGUGCAGGGUGAUCAACCUGGAUCCGGCGGCCGAGACCUUUGCCUACGAGUGUUACUUAGACGUCCGAGACCUGGUGUCCGUGGAGGAUGUCAUGGAGGAGAUGGACCUCGGGCCAAAUGGUGGCCUGGUGUAUGCGAUGGAGUACGUCACAGACAACAUGUCCUGGCUGGAAGAACAGCUCAGCGACGCCAUCGACGACGACUACUUCAUCUUCGACUGCCCGGGGCAGAUCGAGCUGUACUCGCACCUGACAGUCAUGCGGCAGAUUGUCG